AUGACCACCUGCAGCCGCCAGUUCACCUCCUCCAGCUCCAUGAAGGGCUCCUGUGGCCUUGGUGGCGGCUCCAGCCGCAUCUCCUCUGUCCUGGCUGGAGGCUCCUGCCGAGCCCCCAGCACCUACGGGGGCCUGUCGGUCACCUCCUCCCGCUUCUCUUCCGGGGGAGCCUGUGGGAUGGGGGGUGGCUACGGGGGCGGCUUCAGCAGCAGCAGCUUUGGCGGGGGCCUCGGCGGGGGCCUGGGUGUUGGCUUCGGUGGGGGAUAUGGUGGUGGCUUUGGUGGUGGAAUCAGUGUUGGCUUUGGCGUCGGUGAUGGUGGCCUCCUCUCUGGCAAUGAGAAGGUGACCAUGCAGAACCUCAACGACCGGCUGGCCUCCUACCUGGACAAGGUGCGGGCCCUGGAGGAGGCCAACACAGACCUGGAGGUGAAGAUUCGCGACUGGUACCAGAGGCAGCGGCCCGCCGAGAGCAAGGACUACAGCCCCUACUUCAAGACCAUCGAGGAGCUCAGGAACAAGAUCCUCACAGCCACUGUGGACAAUGCCAACGUCCUGCUGCAGAUUGACAAUGCUCGUCUGGCUGCCGACGACUUCCGCACCAAGUAUGAGACGGAACUGAACCUGCGCAUGAGCGUGGAGGCUGACAUCAAUGGCCUGCGCAGGGUACUGGAUGAGCUGACCUUGUCCAGAGCUGACCUGGAGAUGCAGAUCGAGACCCUCAAGGAGGAGCUGGCCUAUCUGAAGAAGAACCACGAGGAGGAGAUGGCCUCCAUGAGAGGCCAGGUGGGCGGAGAUGUCAACGUGGAGAUGGACGCGGCCCCUGGUGUAGACCUGAGCCGCAUCCUGAACGAGAUGCGUGACCAGUACGAGAAGAUGGCGGAGAAGAACCGCAAGGACGCCGAGGACUGGUUCUUCAGCAAGACGGAGGAGCUGAACCGCGAGGUGGCCACCAACAGCGAGCUGGUGCAGAGCGGCAAGAGCGAGAUCUCGGAGCUGCGGCGCACCGUGCAGAACCUGGAGAUCGAGCUGCAGUCCCAGCUCAGCAUGAAAGCGUCCCUGGAAAACAACCUCGAGGAGACCAAAGGCCGCUACUGCAUGCAGCUGCAGCAGAUCCAGGAGAUGAUCGGCAGCGUGGAGGAGCAGCUGGCUCAGCUGCGCUGCGAGAUGGAGCAGCAGAACCAGGAGUACAAGAUCCUGCUGGACGUGAAGACGCGGCUGGAGCAGGAGAUCGCCACCUACCGCCGCCUGCUCGAGGGCGAGGAUGCCCACCUCUCCUCAUCCCAGUUCUCUUCCGGCUCCCAGUCAUCCAGAGAUGUGACCUCCUCAAGUCGCCAGAUCCGCACCAAGGUCAUGGAUGUGCACGAUGGCAAGGUGGUGUCCACCCACGAGCAGGUCCUCCGCACCAAGAACUAAGGCUUCUAGGCACCGCUGAGGCUUAGGAGAGCCCUGUUGUGGACACAGCUAUCCCUGGAAGAGUCCCUUUCCUAUCGCCAAUCAGUCCACACUUUACCUGGCCCUUCUCCCUCUUGGCAGUCAAUAAAGCUUCUUUAUCUGAGUUGCA